UUUAUUUUUUUUUUUCAACAAAUAAAAAAUGAGUGCCAAUCCUGCUGAAACUCCAAAGGCUACUGAGCCAGUCAACGAUGUUUCCAACAGCGAUGUUCAAAUGAAGUACAAGGAUGCUGGUAGAAUUGCCGAUGAUGUUCUCGACAAGGUCAUUAAGCUUUGUGUUGUUGAUGCCAAGAUUAUUGACAUUUGUAUCGAAGGUGAUAGACUUAUUACCGAAGCUACCAGCAAAAUCUAUACCAAGCAAGGAAAGAACAAGAUCUCCAAGGGUAUUGGUUUCCCUACUUCUAUCUCUGUCAACAAUUGUGUUGCUCAUUUUUCUCCUCUUCCUUCUGAUCCCGAGGCUGUUGUUACUUUGAAGGAAGGCGAUGUUGCUAAAAUUCAAUUGGGUGUUCAAUUUGAUGGAUUCUGUUCUACUGUUGCCACUACUAUUGUUGUUGGUGCUAAGGGUCCCGUUACUGGUACUAAGGCUGAUGCUAUUAAGGCUGCUCAAACUGCUUUGGAAGCUACUAUUCGUAUGCUCCGUCCUGGUAAUAAGAACAUGGAUGUUACCAAGACUGUUGAUAAGAUUGCUGAAGCUUAUAACGUCAAGCCUGUCGAAGGUAUGUUGUCUCACAACCAACUUAAGGACAAGACCGAUGGUGAAAAGCAAAUUAUCUUGAACCCCACUGAAGCUCAUCUUCGUGACUUUAAGCGCGUUGAAUUUGGUGUCAAUGAAGUUUAUGCUAUUGAUAUCCUUGUUUCUACUGGUGAAGGUAAGGUUCGUCCCUUGAAGACUCGUACUACUGUCUACAAGAAGACUGGUGUUCGUUACCAAUUGAAGAUGGCCACCUCUCGUGCUGUCCUCUCUGAAAUCCAAAAUAAGGCUGGUGCCUUCCCUUUCAAUCUUCGUAGUCUCGAAGAUGAACGUAAGGCUCGUAUGGGUAUUGUUGAAGCUGCCAAGCAUCAAACUGUUUUGCCCUACGAUGUUAUGUAUGAACGUGAUGAAGCUGUCGUUGCUCAAUACUUGGCUACUGUCAUGGUCACCAAGAAGGGUAACACUUUGCUUACUCAUCCUCGUUUUGAUGCUGUUGAAGUCCAAACUGAUAAGUCUGUUAAGGAUGAAGAAAUUGUUCAACUUCUUGCUACUUCUUAUGAACCUGUUAAGAAAGCCAAGAAAUAAAUCAUUUAUAAAUAGUAUUUCCCUUCCUCUCCCCUUCUUUGUUUGUAGUAGAUUAAUCUUCAAUAAAAAAGAAAACAAUUUGUUUUUUGUUUUUUUUAUAUGUAUACGAAUAUAUUAUUAUAAUAUGCAGAUGGUAUAUAGUUUAGUUAUUCUUUAUAUUUAUGUGAAAAGUUCAAUAAAGAC